GUUACAGUUGGUUUCAGUCUGCAGAGGAUGAAUCAAGUCAAUCGCUUUUUCUAAGGUUUUCUUUUAUUCUUGGACAUAGUUAAAGAAAAGCCAGCAGACUGUGCCGGUGCGCGCUGCGUAACUGCGCUGCUCACUGGGAUCCGGGCGCGAAGAGGUUAAAUCUCUUCUCAGGGAAACAUUGUCGGGUCUAUGGAGGGGGUAGAGAGGCGCAUACCAAUUGUCGAGGUAUUCCUCUUUUCCCUUGAAUGAAAUGCUGUGGGUAUGAAUCCGUGUCUGCCCCCUCUCGCCUGAGGUCCGGGGGUCUGCGACGCGCGCUGGGGAUCGGUUGGAGCUGAAACCGGGGGCGGAAAGUGAUGGAAAAGUUGCAGUGAUCUCGCGCGCGGAUCUGCUGGAUGAGGGAGGACGCGGGGCGAACUCGCAAAGUUUCCGAUCUCGAGUGACAGAUUCAGACCUGGACGGAGAUAAUGUGACUGCGGGGACGGAGCCUUUUCUUUUUUACGCGUGGACUUCUGCGUCUUCUCCCCGAGUUUCGAGCGAACUUUGAGUUUGCGCUGGAUUUAUUGUUCAUCCUUUUUUCUCUCCUGCGCACAAAGGAACUAAAUGAUUUGAAUGGGAUCGUCUGGCUGGUCACUGAGCGCUUUGGCAGUAACGGGAUGAAUCCAAAGACAGGAUAGAGCUGUUUCUGGUCAUCCAUGGUUUCGAACUAUUCACUCCGGCUGAAACAGAACAUGUGCUGAUAUCCCUGGAACUGUUCGAGCUCAUUCUUAUUUUUUUCUUCUCAUCUGAAACAAGAAGCCAGCUCGUAAUUAACUGCUCUGAUCAUUUGCUUUUAUUUUCUGUGACCAACGAAGCAAAUGUUAAAUGUUCAAACUGUGGACUCUGAGAUUUAGUUUUCCAGUUUGACAUGAAGGAGUGGAUGGCUAAGCUGCUUUUUGAAUAAUUUGGAUUACACUAGGAUAUUUCCCAUAAGAGAGGCGUUGAAUGAUGUCUCCAACUUUUAUUGGAUUUGCAUUUCUGUUAGGAAUUCUCCAUGUGUGCUCAGGAUCUCGUCUGCGCCAAGAGGACACCGCACCCAAGAUUGUGGAGCACCCCUCUGACCUGAUAGUUUCCAAAGGGGAGCCCGCCACCCUCAACUGUAAGGCAGAGGGUCGUCCAACCCCGACAGUGGAGUGGUACAAGGAUGGAGAGCGAGUGGAGACGGACAGGGACAACCCCCGUUCUCAGCGCAUGCUGCUGCCCAGCGGCUCCCUCUUCUUCUUACGCAUCGUCCACGGGCGACGGAGCAAACCGGACGAAGGCUCCUACGUCUGUGUUGCCCGCAACUACCUGGGAGAGGCCGUGAGCCACAACGCCUCACUGGAAGUAGCCACGUGGGAGAUGGGCAGGAUGUGUUUGCCCCAGCGGGUUCUGCAAGCCUGCAGAGCCUUGGGGGAGAAGUGGCCUGAUCAUUCCAGGGUGAGUGCUCCUCUAAAGGGCCCUUGCAUCAUGCCGAUAGUCGUGGUGUGGAAGCAGAUGAUCUUGGGUCCUGGCCUUUGCGUCCAGCCUCGUUUUUCCCUGCCAAUGGGAUUAGGGGAGAGUGCCGACUCUGCAGGUGGAGCCUCUGGGGCCCGGUCCCUGUCGGCCUGGUACUCCCUGCCCUGCACCCGCCUCAAUCCUCAAGGUUUCAAGCUACCUGCCCAGGGGCCCGGCCUAAUUUAUGUUAAGCUGUAG